CAAGUUAAGCGCACUUCGCCGCUAAAGAGUCUUACAUCAAGAGCGCCUGAAGAGUGCUAUAGCUCGAUCGCUGAUUUAUUUAUAUAGUUAGUCAGUUUGUUUAUUGAAUUCGGGUAUCGGAAGUCGGAUUCGAGUGAGCGUGAUGGCGGGCGUCUAGUGCGGCGGGCGUCGAUGUCGUCUGCAGCCGGGGGCUACGGCGAGGGGCCCGUGGUGACGGACCGCGGAGACCUGCACGGGCUACUACCCGAGCUCAAUGGGGUCGAGCUGGCUAUGAGCCUGAGCCCCAAGCAUCAUCAAGGAGGACCGCAGGUUUUGAGCCAUCUGCAGCAGCUGCACCACUCGACGCCGUUCAGCGUCACCGAUAUCUUGAGCCCGAUCGAGGAGUCCUACAGGAAGUUGGAGUUGGCGGCGAACCCGCCGUCGCCGUACAGAUCUACAUCCAGCGGAAGCAGCAUAAAUUCCCCAGGUGCUGGUGGUACUUCAGGAAGCGGCGGCUGCAGCAUGAACGGAAGUUACCCAGUGAUGGGCCAGUUUGGCGGCGGCCAAUACUGUCCCGUUUCAGAAAAUCUGGGCCUCACACCCCAUUAUUCCUCCGGCUGGUAUCAAAGUUCGGCGGCAGACCCCAGAUUCGCAAUCUCCCGCCUCAUGGGCAGCUCGGCCUCCGCCGCCAACAUGGGCCACGGUCUCAACACCGGCAUGCCCGGGCUGGGCGCAUGCGCCAUGCCCGACUCCAAGCCCAUGCAGUUCCCCUUGGCUCAGCGGCGGAAGAGGCGGGUCCUCUUCACCCAAGCGCAGGUGUACGAGCUGGAGAGGAGGUUCAAGCAGCAGAAGUAUCUGUCGGCGCCGGAAAGGGAGCACUUGGCGUCGCUUAUACAUCUCACGCCUACGCAGGUGAAAAUCUGGUUCCAGAACCACCGGUACAAGUGCAAAAGACAAGCCAAAGAAAAGGCGAUGGCCGAACAAAACCAACACAACCAGUCCUCCAGCUCCCCGCGCCGCGUCGCCGUCCCGGUGCUCGUCAAAGACGGCAAGCCGUGCUCCGGGGGCUCCGGCGGCUCGCAGCCCUCUUCGGCGACGUCGGCGGAGACGUCGCGCACGCAGCAGUCGCCCGUGUGCCAGCCCCAGCAGCAGGCCCAGUGCAUGGGCAACGGCAGCCUGGCCAUGGCUUACCGGCAACAGAACAACUACCAGCAGCAGUGCGGGACUUACCUGCCCCUGCAGACGAGGGCGUGGUAGUGACUUAGUGACCCGAGUGAACGAUACUUAACAUAAGAGAAUAGAUUUUUUCAGUUUUAUUUCGUCCUGUUCCUUACUAAUCCGGUGGUUGUCGAAAGCGUAUACAGGGUGUUCCCCCUUCCAGUCGAUCGGUGCAAUCAGGACUUAGGUGCACGAGUCGUAGAAGACGUGACUGUACAUUAGGUGUACAAUUUGUUGUUAUUGACUGUACAAAUAAAUGCCCGUUUUUAUGUAAAUAUUAGGUAAUAUUUAUUAAUGUAGAGAUGGAGUAAAGUCACUCUUGUGUACAGAUUCUUUAGGGUUUAAUGGAAUAUGCACCGUCAUGUCAUGUAACUGUGUUUUUAAAUCCUUCAAUAAAAAUGUAUAAAGCA